CAGUUUGUAGUGCGCUACUAUAUAAAAACCAUGGUCCUAAUCCAACUCGUCGUUUAGUAUUUGUUGUUAUACAUUGUCCAAGCUUUCUGGUCGUAGAUAUUCCUUCCUGCCAAUCCUCCCUCCUCGAUUCCUUCUCGUCUUUCUCUCUCAGAAAUUAACAUGGCAGCACAAGAACAAGUGAAAUGGGAAGGCAAAGCUACGGCAAAGCUAAAUGGGAUUGGAGCAGAACAGGUAUGGCCUUUACUGGAGGACUUUUGCAGCUUGGACAAAUGGCUCCCUGCCAUUGAUACCUGUUACCGAGUUGAAGGGAUCAAUGGGCAGCCUGGACUUGUUCGCUACUGUGCCUGCAAACCCCCUUCCUCGACUUCCUCACCGUCGGACGAUUUUGAUGAUGAUGAUGAAGAAAACAAGAAUCCUGGCAUGACCAAGUGGUGCCAUGAGAAGUUGUUAGCCAUUGAUCCAGUGGUGCGUUGUCUGAGCUAUGAAGUUCUGGACAAUAAUCUGGGAUUCAAAUCUUACGUAGCAACCAUCAAAUUGUUGCCAGCAAAGGGUGAUGAUGACAAAUUCGGGUGUCAGAUCGAAUGGUCUUUCUUGGCUGAUCCUGUGGAGGGGAUGACUUGUGAUGUUUUAUCAUCUUACCUUAACUUGUCCUUGCAAGGCAUGGUGGAGAAUAUGGAGAGAGCUUUGCACUCAAAUUAGUCGUCAGAUGAUAUAUAUAUAUAUAUAUAUAUUGAUCCAUAUUUCAAUUGUAUUUUUCGACAAUCUACUAGUACAUGUUUUGCUUUGUUAAUUUCCUAGGACUCGUCGAUAAUCAAGUUUAACAGAGCUAAUUAUGUUGUUGUUAGUUGUACUGUGAGAAUCAUGUGGUGUUGAAAUUGUAAGCCCAGGGCUAAAUUAAGCA